AUGUCAACUUCCGAAGCUCACAGGACGCUGAAGCGCUCCCGUCAUGAUGAUAAUGAAUCUAUGUCAGCGGGCGGGGCUUCCGGUAUUCAUCAUAAUGGUGCAAAGGUGAAGCGCGAACAAAGUCCGACGCCUCCGCCUCCACAACGGAAGUUGGUCAUGUCCGGGACAAAGCGCUUUGCCCCCUUUCCCUCGAAUUGUUUGCCUGCGAAUCCUGGGUACAAGCAGCAUCGAAGGACAUGGUCCAAGAAGUGUCAAAGUGAAAUUGAAGCUCUGAAACUUCAAUCGGAGAAGUUGCUCAUCAGAGAUGAUGGCGUAAUAGUCGACUGGAAGAGCCCGGUUCCAGUUUGGUCAGACACAUUGCGACCAGCCGAGCUUGAUCUUGCUGCUGCGAUCACACUUGCACAUCAGGCAAAUGCCCAACAGCGCAAUGCUUCCCUUCACCACACACCCGAAGCCCCCUCUCAUAUCCUCAUCCACACAAAACUCCCUAUCCCACCACGGCCACGGAGGAAUGUGGCAUCGCCAUCUGUAUUAUCCUCUCCCGCGGGUGGCUCUAAAUCUCGGGCAACCCCUGAGCUCGAUCUUCCAUCUGCGGAUGUUCCCGCUCCAUCCAGGCCUCUGAACGACUUUCCGACGAUCGUGGUAGUACCCGAUGAAGAGGAAAAAAUGUCGAAAAUGACGAUGGAAUAUCUUGAAAGAUACUUCCAAACAUUCGACUCGGAUCGUGCCAGUCUUGCUUCUGCAUAUUCUAGCAACGCGUGCUUCUCAUAUCGAGAAGUCAAGUGCUUCUCUCCUGGGUCGCCCCACUUGCAACCCCCAUUACCUCCAUCUGACUCUAUCAAGCGUACCCGGCUCGACAUAACCGCAACCAUCCUUUCCCUACCACCUUUGCAGCUCUUGCCGUUGACUGGAUUGGCAGCAGAUAUCGACUACGACAUCAUGUGGCUUGGUUCCCCCGUUGGAAUGUUUGCCAUCUGCGGGGGCAUUCAUCAUGGGCACGUCUCAAAGCGGCCGGUGACACAUAGCUUUUUGUUACGCCAAAAGGAGGCAUGCGAAGAAGAUGUGAGGGCUGACGGCGUGUGGCCACUCGUUGCUGUGGCACAUCAGAUGAUGGUAUUUGAUGGCCCGUAGAUAUAGUUCAUCAUCUUCUAUCAGUGCUUGGUUGUGUACUCACUCCCGGUUAUGGUUAGAGAUAAAUCACGAUUAAAUGUAAGUAUUCGAAUCUUCGAUCGGACUAUGACAUAGUUGUGAUAUGGUCACCGCCUCUUGUGGCUUAUAGCGCCCUAUCGAGAGCGAUAGUCCUCGGAGAAUGACA